AAAAAACUGCACUUUCAAAGAACUUCCAUGUAACCUUGUUGAUGUGACAGGUAAACUGUCUGCCAGCAGUGUGAGUGCAGUCAGCUGCUUUCCGCAAAGUGGAAUACAGAAAGGAGGUGGCAGGAGAGAUAAGAAAUGUAUGUCCGUGGCUCACGGAUGAUGACGUUACGGUAGCGAGACAACUGUUGUGGCCGUCUCCGAUUUAGCAUUAAAGCAGAUGGAUUUGUAAAAUGCUACGCGAUCGUGAAAGCGCUUUUUAUGCAGUAUGUUCUGGCUUCUGUGCUUGUGCAGCCAGUCUAUUCGGAAAAUUGGCCGGGAAGGAAGACCUACACUCGAUGGUUUCUGUAGUUACAGCAACAGUGUUUAUGGUUUUAAUGAUUGUGACUAAUGCUGCAGUAUGGACAUUUUUUGUGAAAGCCCUCCGUUCUUCAGACACAUCAUUGUUUCCUACUGUGGCAAGUUCAGCAACAAAUUACAUAUGUUCUGCCAUGGCAGGAUUCUGGUUCUUUGGUGAAAUUACCUCAUUAAUGUGGUGGACAGGUACAUUUCUUGUUCUGGUGGGCUUGUUGCUCAUAUGCCAGUAUGAAAGUAAUGAGAAUUUGCAGAGUAAACUAAAAUAAUAACUUGUUAGAGAAAUUUA